AUGGUUACCUUUUUCGUUGUUUUCACUGCUUUUCUUGCCGUCCUUGUCACUGCAAUCUUGCGUAUGUAUUUCAAUCAACUUGUUCCAGAAGGACUGCCUGUCGGUCAGCACCAUAAACUUCGAACAGUGGGGGUGAUCACAAAGCUCACGGGAAUGGUGGUAAGUUGUUAUGUCUUCGUUCAUUUCAAAAGCAGCAAAAGUAAUAAUAAAAUAUAUAUAACCUAACUUUUUUCUCUGAAGUUGCUAUCUCGCUCUUGCGAUUUUACAACUAUUUUAUUAAUAUACUGACCAACUUGCAUACCAAUGAUGCCUUAUUUUGGACAUGCUGGUGCUGGGUUUGCAACUUUGCAAUGCGCGUUCUGCAUCCUUGACAUUUAAACUUAUACCUCAGAGUCAGAAAAUACUAUGUUAUUUUCCCUUCCCUAUUUCAGGCCUGAACCGCUGUUCUCAGGAGGCAAAUCCUAAAACACGUACCUAAUUUUACGGACCUGGUUCCAGAGACCAUAAAACUUAUCUUAGCUAUUUGUAUUUUUAUUGUUAUAAUUAGCUAUGCCCAAUUUCAGAACCUUUUGGUCCACACAUACUUUGGAGUACCCCCUCCCUUGGAUUGUGGUGCUGUUGUAGACUGCAAAACAGUCAGUUUUUUUCUCAAAAUCAGUAAAGAAAUCGGUAAAGCGUAGCGUAAGAGUCUUACGCUCGCGAGGCGCGCAAGCCUCACACACCCAUAGGGCGUGUGAGGCGAGAGAAAAGUGUCUCUCCCCAGUCUCGCUCUCUGUUUUCAGCCUCGUUCCAGACCUUUUGUUUGACUGCCCGUGCACAAUUGAAUACACAAAAAUACGGACUGUUUUGCAGUCUAGUGCUGUUGCAGAGAUGUUGUUUUUAAAUUUGUUUGGAAAACAAAUUUAAUCACUUAUCAUUCACACCUACCAAAAGGAAGGAAGUUAUCAAAAUGAAGGUAUGUCUAGGGAAUUAUAUCUGAUUAUUUGAGCCCUAGAAUUAUAGGAGAAAAAUGAUAAUCUUCAAUCUAUUUUUAAGGCGUACCUUGCAUCGUUGCUUGGCAUUGGAAGUGUUAUAAACAAUAUUCGUCAGAUCCAAAGUUUCUUAAGUCACCUUCAGAAUGUACCAGAAGAUCCCUCACUUCAAAUCAAGGACUUGAAGAUUGCCGAUGUUCCGGUUCGUCUAUAUAGAUCCAAACAAAAUAUAGUUGAUGGUAAAAAACAGACAUGUGUGGUGUUCUUUCAUGGUGGAGGUUGGAUGUUCCUUAGUAUUGGUGAGUUAAUGCCAAAGCCAAAGCCAUAACCAAAUAAUUAAUGGAAAGGCAAAUAAAUGCUUUAAUUUAUUAAAAAUAAACCAUAUUACACAAAGGUUGUGCAUAAAGAAACAUCCAAUGUAAUGAUAACCAUCCUAAAAUAAAAAAAAGUAAAAUAAAGGUAAGGGUAAAAUAAAAGCAAAGCCACAUGGAUUAAAAAAAAAGUGUAAGCAUUCCCAUUCCUCUUAUGAGGGAGUUCCUCCCAGGAUCAAAACCCUAUCUGUGGCCCAGCAAUUCAUGGCAACCACAGAAACAUCACGCCUUGACUCGAUCAGCUAGCUGAUACAAUCUUGUGUCACUCUUCAGGGGCAGUACCUAACGACCAAAUUUUCCAUAUAGUCGGAAGAAUAGAAUAGUCCCAGAAACCAUUUUUUUUUGUUCAGAUGUCUUGAAUAGGGGAACCUGUAGUCAUCUCAAAAUUUUUAGGUGGCUCUUUUCGUCUCAUCUGAAACUGUCAGAACCCCAGAUUGGUGUGGUCAAAAGUUUGAGGACAUAUUGGAGUAGCUGUCCAUUCACAAGAAGAUUCUAGGAGAUGUUAAUUUUGUCUUUAUAGCAAAAUAUUUUAAGGAGACUCUUUUUAACAAUAAAAUAUUUCAUUAAUUAUGCAAUAUUCUGGUAAUGAAGUAUGAAAAACACAACCUCCAAAUUAAAAACCGUAUGUAAGUUAGUAGAAAAACUGCAAACAUCUUGGCCUUUCUUGAGCUUUAGAAAUUCCUAGUUGCCCUAAUUUUGAACAGUAUUUUACAAAAAAAAAGACAUGUGGAUGCCUCUGACUCUCAGUACUUUUAUUUUAACCCUUUAGACGCUAAGAUCAAAAUAUGAAUUCUCAUUUGCUGCCCCCAUUCAUUUCCUACAGAAGUAGUGGGGAGAAGUUGAUAAAAUAUUUAGCAAAUUUAUCUUACGUGAUCAUGUCCAUAAUUCUCAUGACCACGCUGUUUUACAAAGCAUUGAUAUUAGAAGGAGGAAUUUGAUGCUGAUCACUCUCAGGGCUUAAAAGGUUCACUAAUUUCUUACUUAUCAUGAGUCUGUUCCUUUUAGAUUUUUACCAUUCCCUCACUCAAUAUAUGGCUGCAAAUGCUGGAGUGGUAGUUGUAUCUGUUGGGUAAGAUAUUCUAGUACAUUUACUGGUACUUGAACUUGCACAUACAUUGCUGCAUUGUUUAAACAUGCAAUAAUUAUGAUUUCUAUUGAUAGAGGGAUAAUUUAAUCAAGAAGUCAUUCUGCAUGUGUAAAAUGUUAUCCACAAGCCAAUGGUAAAAUGGGCAGCAAAAACAUGUAACUUGUUUUGUAACUUACACGAGCACUGCUGCAAAACAAGUUAACCCUUCAAGUCCCAAUAGUGACCAACAGCAAUUUUCUCCUAACAAUGUCCAUGAUACAUUGUCAAGAGAUAAGGUUGUGAGAAUGUAAAAAAUUAUCAUGAAAGAGAAAAUGCUUUGAUGUUUUAUCAAAUUCUCUCAACUAAUUCUUAAAGGAAAUGUAUGGAGAUCAGUUUGGAGAAUUUGUAUGUGGAUACUGGGGCUUAAAGGGUUAACAGACAAUGUUGCACUUUUUAUCAUGCACGCUCAAACCUGUUUUGCAACUUUAAAUCGGCUUGUUACGUUAAGUUAUGUGAAUACUGACUUCUGAUUGGAUCCAGUUUUGUGGGAGUCAAGCCAUACAUGAGUUAAUUACUCGUUGCAAAAAGUUUGUCUUCUAGGGUGGUAAAAUGUGCAACAUGUACCGAUUUUGUUGUAAAAAGUAGAACUAAUUCUCUCUACUUUCUGCAACAACUGCCUUCUUUUGCAACUUGCAACAAGCUGAUUUGUUGCAAGAUAGGUUGAUUCGGGGAUGGUAAAACAUAUGCAACACUGCUAUUCAACUUGUUUUGGAACAUUGGUACAAAACAAGUUACACAUUUUUGUUGCCCAUUUUACCGUAACUUUACAUAUAUACACAGGUACAGGUUGGCACCUGAAAACCCCUUUCCAGCUGGUUUUGAUGACUGUGUUGAAGUGGUGAAAAGUCUUCUUGAAACUGGAGAUGAGUAUGGUAUUGACACGACCGGUAUAGUGUUAGCAGGUAGCAGUGCAGGUGGAAAUUUGGCCGCAGCUGUAACUCAUCAUUUACACAAUGAGAAUAGAAAGCUGGCUGGUCAGGUAGGUUGUCUUAAAAAAAAAUGUAGAUGUUUUAUUGCAGUUAGUGAAGUGGCCUCCCACACAGAUGUUCUAAGGGGUUCGUCUGGCAUUAGGAUUACUCAUGGUGAGCCAAAAGAACCCGUGCAGGGAUGGCCCUUGAUGGAGGACAACACUUCCUAAUCUGGGCCAGGUUGUUCAAACGUCGGAUAGUGCUAUCCACCGGAUAAAUCUCUAUCCACUGGAUAGCGCAGUUGGUUUCCAUAACACUUAUCCGCUGGAUAGUGAUUUAUCCGGUGGAUAGCGCUAUCCAACGUUUGAACAACCAGGGCCUGGUGGUUGCCCUGUGAUUUUAUGGGGGCCUGUGCAACCAAGAAGGACAAGACAAUUUUUUCAGUCCCCUUAUCCACUUCCAGCUUAAAGUGAAAAGCACACUUUUCUACCCCAUGUUACAAAGUACUAAUAUUUUUUUUUUAAAAAAAAUAAAUCAAUUGGCAGAGAACAAAAAUAAGUUGGUUAUCUACAAGCACAUCCAGUGUUAAUGGCAACAGACCUCUUUAAUUUCUAUGAUUUGUUUUGCCAAUGUAGCUCAUGUGAUGAUGAGAACUGUUUCUUUCAGAUUUGUCAUAUUUCAGAUUCAUAUAUGUAUAUGAAUAAUUUAUGAAAAGACAAUUUCCUCUGAGACCUUCAUUGGGAAAACAAAACGUACUUUUCUUGUAAGCUUAAGAGGUCUAUAGGUUAAUUAGCAUAUAUAAGUUGUCGUUAACAAGGUAAAGUUUAAAAAGCGUCACAUUUUGAAUCACAGACUCAAACAUUGAAGCCAUAAAAGUGUCUGGUCCUGCAAAAAUGGUGCUCUUAAGAACUUGCUUUAACGGUGCAGCCCGUGCUAGUGCAUUUUUAAAGCUUUUGUUUUUGAGGAGAAGAAACAACCUGGGUUCUUGGAGGAAGUAACUUCUAACAGCAAGGAAGAGAAUUAACUAACAUCAAACUGAAGUAAGCCUCUUGUUAUUUUUCAGAUCCUUUUAAAUCCUUUACUACAGUUCAUGGAUUUGACACUGCCCUCUUAUCAAAAAAACAGUUCUGCUGUUCUCUCUAAAAUAGAAGUGGCAUUGGCUUGGUCAUUUUAUAUUACCGGUACAAAACGGAUGUCUCGUCCGAUUGGUGCUAACAAGCACUCAGCGCAUCUUUGCAACACAAAGUAUUCAAAAUUCAUUGGUGUUUGUGAUGCUGAUGUUGACAAAGUUCAGAAAGAACCACCAAAAGAUAUUCCUCAGGAAAUUGUUGAUGCUCUUACUGAUUACAGAACGUCACCUUUAAUAGCUGAUAACAUGACUGGCUUACCCAAAACUUUGAUAAUCACUGCUGAAUUUGAUGUUCUCAGAGAUGAUGGACUGUUGUACAAGAAACGUUUAGAAGAAGCUGGUGUACCUGUGACACAUCAUGAAUACAAGUCAUUCCACGGCUUUCUACUGUUAAGAGGUGACAAGAAGAUAUGCGCUUCAGCCAAAGAAAAUAUUAUCAAAUUUUUGGAGGAAUUGUAGAGCAGUAGUUUAUUGCUGGGUCUUAGAAACUGCAUGGUCUUUGUAGAGAGUUAGGGUAAAAUUCUGACCAGCAACAUAACCUUGAAACAGCAACAUAGGACAAACCCAAUGGGGAAAAACGAGUUAACGAUAUAUAUUUCGGUUGAAACUGUGACGAGGACAAUCUAAAUAUUGUAAAAUACUGACUGGGGCGUGGCUUCCUCUAGACUCUAGACCUCUUGGCGAGCGGCCGACAGAGCAACGAAGUCACGAGAGGUCGACGUCCUUCGUCCCGCUCAAUAUUGAAUCGGACGAACGACUUUUUUGAAAGUCUAAGCUUCCUCCUCACUGCCACAGUGAGGAGGAAGCAGUCGCAUUCUGCGCAAAACGACCGAUAUUGAAAUUCAGAUCUAAGAGGGCCUCUUCAUAACCAAUGACAUCACCGCUUAACAAACAGACAACCAAUAAUCGGAUUUAAUUGACUAAUCAGGUCCAUAAACAGAGUAUUUAUACCAUUUGAAUGGCUUUAUUUAUACAUGAAGCUUUCAGUAAACCUUCUGGUUGCCUGAGAGAUAUACACAGUAUUU